AUGAAAAGAAAUCCUGCUAAAACACAUCAUGGCCUUAGAGUUAUCCUUUUGAAACAAGCUAAAGAAACAAUUUUGUGUUAUAAUGGACAAAACUGUGAAAUGAUUCCGCUGUCAUUGGCUAAUAUUUAUGGAUCGAAAGUAGAAAGUUUAGAUUUAAGUUAUAACGAAUUAGUUAGUAUACGAGGAAUUGAGGAAUUUAGGAAUCUAAAGGAAUUGAUACUUGAUAAUAAUCAACUAACUGAUCAAAUUGUCAUUCCUUAUUUACCGGAAUUGCAUACUUUAUCUUUAAAUAAAAAUAAGAUUGAAGACCUUCCUUUGUUACUUUCUAAAAUAAAUACAAAUUUACCGAAGCUAACGUUUCUCAGUUUGAUUGGUAAUAAGGCAUGUACUAACGAACUAUCCGGAAAUGAAAACGAUGAAAAAGAUUAUCAAAGAUACAGGUGUUACGUACUGUAUCAUCUUCCGAAUUUGAAAUUUUUGGAUUCGAGGAAAGUUGGAGAAUUGGAAAAAUGCGAGGCGAAACGUCGGGGAAAAUUUAUGAACGUUAUAAGACCAUGUGUAUCAAUACCGUUUAUAGAUGUGAAUGAAUUGUGCUAUAAUAGUACGACGAAUGCAUUUAAUCCACUUCCGAGAACUCUUAGAAAUCCAGACGACUAUAAGGGUGCAUAUGGAAAAUGUCAAUAUCGUUACAGUGGAAAACAUUCGGAAGGAAAUCGAUUUAUUUCAAAUAAAGAUUUAUGA